UUUGUUUUCAAGGCUAGACAGGAAACGUGCAUGCAGGAGCGCACAAACACCCAAGCUUUCCUUGUACUUUGAGCUAGCAAAGUUUGAGUACGCAUCGUCGGCAGUUGUAGCGCUGCUGCGAUGCCCGAAACAAAAUUCAUAGGCGGAUAACUGCUAUUCGUGCUAAAAAAAAACUACUAAAACCCAACAAUAUUGAAUUCUUCUGUAUUCGGUAGACAUGGCAGACAUUUUAGCCGGACUUCUCAUUUGUCUAAUGGCUGUGCAGACUAUCCAGACUGAUGGCAAUAAAACUCGGACUGCAAACAGUACACAAUCUGAAGUGUCUCCAAAAUCUUUCAAGGGCAAGAUAUAUCAACACAAUUGGACAAAGCAGCUGUCAGCCGAUCUUCAUGACAGUGGAGACCCGUGGCUGGAUGUGGACCCAGACGCCGCGGCGACAACCUACGCCACGGGGCUCUUAAGCACCUGGAUCCUUCCUUUAUCGUACAUCUUGGCUAUGAUUGUGGGCAUUCCCUCCAAUGCCUACAUUCUGGCCUUCCUCAGACUGAGACUUCGAGCAAAGUCCUUGUCCACAGUUGUCCUUUAUCUAAAUCUGGCCUUGUCAGACCUGCUGCUUCUGUUUUCCCUGGCAUUGCGCGUCCACUACCACUUCAGUGGAAACAACUGGGUAUUUGGAGAAUUCUCCUGCCGGCUGAUGACGGCCUUGUUUUAUGGCAACGUCUACUGCGCAGCGCAGACGAUAGCGUGCAUCAGUCUGAAGCGCUACCUGGCUGUGGUUAAGCCCUUCCUGUACAGAAGGCUGGCCAAGACCGCGCUAGCAGUCUGGGCAUGCUUCAUUGUGUGGUUCCUAUUUGCAUUGACUAUUAUACCAGAGCUACUUGUCAGGCAAAGCUAUUGGCUCGCCGAGCUGGAAGUCACCACCUGCCACGAUGUGCUUCCCCUUGACCAAAAAUCCCAUUCACUGCUUGUGCCCUACAGACUGACACUGGUUUUCCUGGGCUUUGUAGUCCCCUUUAUCAUUUCCAUCUAUGCACACGUGUCAGUGGUACACCAUCUUGGACAAUCGGGGUGUAACUGGAGACCGUUUAUCAAGAUCAGUACUGUGGUUUUCAUCAUCUUUGUGGUGUGUUUCUUGCCCAGCGGGAUCUUGCAUAUUGCACACUACGCACGUCUGUUUUCCAGCGGGGAUGACAAACUGUACGGAUACUACAGAUGUGCUGUGUGUCUCUGCUGCUUCCACAGUUGUUUGGAUCCCUUCCUGUGUUUGCUCAUUUCAAAAUCGGCUGCACCAGAGAUACAAUUCCUCUCCAUCCGCAGGAUCCCAGAGAGGCUGGCUGUUAGGAUAUGCGAGUAGCAAAAUGGCACCGCUUUAGAAGACUAUUGUUGGGACACAGCAGGGAAACACAAUCUCGAAAACAUCCGACACUGGGAAAUAAACGGGGUAGUACACGACCACAGUAAAAAAAAAGUCUCUUAUGUGCACAUCGACUGUAUGUGCAGCACUAGGACAGGAAUGUUGCAAUUCUGUUGAUUUUGUGACAUCAUCGAACAAAAAUUAUGAAUCGUUCGACAUCAGAAAUGCAAAAUAUUACUCACUGUUUAAAAAAUAAAAUACAUAUCCUAAAUAUA